ACAGAUGUUUUCUUUCUCACCGACUGGACAUAAAAAUACCCGGACUUCGUGUUGAAGCUCGCAGUCUGUGAUAUCUGUGACUGUUAAAUCACUUGGCCCGGGGCUACAGACUCACAAACCACAGAAAUGUCAGGAAUGGGUGUGUACGUGUUGAUGAUUGUGGCGAUGUGCGCUACCUGGCGAGAGGCAGAGGGAGCUGCAUUCUUCGAGCCUCUGAGUAGCGAGACAACCAUGUACGGUAGCCGUCCCGUGGUUACCCAGUACUGUGCCUGGGAGGGGAAGAAGAUGAUGAUCGGCAGCAGCUGGAAGACUACAGACUGUGUGACGUGUGCCUGUGGCGGUAACGGCCUGCAUUGUACCAGGUACGGCCCCGAGGGUAACGUGCGUGUGGUGACCACGCACUACUGUGAGUGGGAGGGGAAGAAGAUGAUGAUCGGCAGCAGCUGGAAGACUACAGGCUGCGAGCAGUGCUCCUGUAGUGAUGCUGGGCUCUUCUGUUCCGCCUCCGGUACGUACAUGGUCCCCGAACACUGCCUGAUGGUGGUGGAUGAGAACUGCCAGCCGGACAUGGUGGACGCGAACGACCCGUUCUCUCCCUGCGGCAUGCCGCAAAUCCACGGGAAGUGAGCUGCAGUACCGACAACAACCGCACGGUCCCCACAACGAAACUUCGUCACCGACACCAAACUUACCAACACUUUGCAUGUAUUUACUUAGAAAUAGUACUCCGUACCUUUUUAAUAACUGACGUCGUCCGGAGAGGGAGACUGAGAUAGAUAGAGAGA